UCAGUUAUUUAUUCGUGCAGCUCGCAGCUUCGCUCUGCUCAGUCUGCUGCUGGCCGCCGGUGCGCACACACGCGUGGAGGAGCUCAGAGGAAGAAAAUCGGUAAACUUGUGUUGAAUUGAGCGCAGAAAACUGUGAGACUACGCCACCGUUAACUGUUUCGUGUGUGAUGAGACUAUAAUUUGAUUUGUGAUUCGUGAAGUGCCCAAACUGUUGGUUUUUUUUGCUCAUUUCCCACUGACUGAAAUGAAAACUGCUGAAGAUUCAUCUGGAACGGUCCUACACCGUCUCAUCCAAGAGCAGCUCCGCUACGGGAACCUGACGGACACUCGCACACUUCUUGCUAUCCAGCAGCAGGCCCUGCGUGGAGGCAGCAGCGGCGGGGGCACAGGCAGUCCUCGCUCCUCUCUGGAGAGCCUGACUCAGGAGGAGUCCCAGUGCAUCCAGAUGUUAAAACGACAGGACCCUCAAGGCCAGGAGCACCAGGGGGACUGCCUGCACUCAGAGAGCCAGGUGUGCCAUCUGUACCAGCUCCAUGGAGAGGAGCUACCCACUUAUGAGGAGGCCAAGGUUCACUCCCAGUACCUGAUCUCUCAGCAGGCGGAGCAGGAAGGGCCCAGCAUGGACAUAAUGGGGGGUCGCAGUGAGGGACAGUGGGAUUUGAAGAGGGAGCACGCUCGCUCUCUCAGUGAGAGGCUCAUGCAGCUUUCUCUGGAGCGGAACGGACCUAGACACAGUCUGGCUAUGAGCUCUUCCCACAGCUAUCCACAGCUAUAUAAUAAUAAUGUUACAAACACUGUGGCACCUGAGAGGCAAGGGGCCCAGCAGUGUGUAGACCAGCGAGGGCCACCCCCGGACUAUCCUGUCUUUGCCAGACUUCCUGGAUAUAUGCUCAGCCACUCACAGGAGCAUGGACAGUACUACAGAGACCCACCUCCCCCCUUCUACUCACAGCAUCACAGCAGAUAUGUGUCUACCCAGUCUCAGAUGGCUCACAACAGCAUCACCGCAGCCUCCAGCAAUAACUCAACUCAGACUGACGUGUUGAUGCGGGAGAAUGAGCGACUCAGGAAGGAGCUGGAGGUCUACGUCGAGAAGGCCGCCAGGCUGCAGAAGUUGGAGUUGGAGAUUCAAAGGAUCUCUGAAGCUUAUGAGACUCUGAUGAAAGGCUCUGCCAAGCGGGAGACUCUGGAGAAAACAAUGAGGAAUAAACUAGAGGCAGAGAUUAAGAGGAUGCAUGACUUUAACAGAGACCUGAGAGAACGACUUGACACAGCUACCAAACAGCGAGCGGCCAAGGAGGCAGAGUGUACAGACCAGAGGCAGCAUGUCUUUGUUAAACUGCUGGAGCAAAAUGAAGAGCAGCAGAGGGAGCGAGAACAACUGGAGAGGCAGAUACAGCAUCUGCGCAUCUCCGGGGAGGAGUGCCAGCGGAGGCGGGAACUGCUUGAGCAGGCCCUGGCCUCGGCGCAGGCCCGCAACCGGCAGCUGGAGGAAGAACUGCAGAGGAAAAGAGCUUAUGUGGAGAAAGUGGAAAGGCUGCAGAGCGCACUGGCUCAGCUGCAGGCAGCGUGCGAGAAGAGGGAGACGCUCGAGUUGCGCCUGCGCACACGACUGGAGCAGGAACUGAAAAGCCUCAGGGCACAACAGUCUCAGCACCAGGCAGCUGACCUCACAGCUCCAGAACUGAGUUCCUCCACGUUGCAUCAGCAGCUGAGGGAGAAAGAGGAGCGUAUUCUGGCCCUGGAGGCAGACAUCACCAAGUGGGAGCAAAAGUACCUGGAGGAGAGCACCAUGAGGCAGUUUGCAAUGGAUGCGGCUGCCACUGCUGCAGCACAGAGAGAUACAACCAUCAUCAAUCAUUCACCUCGACAUUCACCAAACAGCAGUUUUAAUGAAGACCUUCCUUUGUCGAGUCAUAGACAUCAGGAGAUGGAGAACAGGAUCCGUGCACUUCAUGCUCAGCUCCUGGAGAAGGACGCUAUGAUAAAAGUCCUCCAUCAGCGCUCCAGAUGGGAGCAGGGCAAGCUGGAAAGACAGGGGCUUCGUCUCGCGAGGUCUGUCCCCUCUAUCAACACUGUUACCAGCAGCACGGAGAGUAAAGGAAAGAGCCUCUCAGAUGACCAGACAGGUGCUGCUGCGCUGCAACGGCAACCCCGCAUGGUGCCCAGGGGCCCGAGCCGAGACUGCAGCACCCAAAGUGACGAGGCCCCGCAGGAGCCUGAGCUCACAGCGGAGCCUAGCAAGCUAAAGACCUCUGAGGCGAUCUCAGCAGCUACCACUGACACAUCAGAGGAGCCAAUGGCACCACUCAAGACAUUCAAGAGCAUCAGCAGCUCAGAUGCAGAGGUGGUUGAAAUCCUCAUUUGAGUGCUCACUACAGCUGACAUAAGUGAAAACAGUGACAGCCAACGAUGACGACGAGACUUUUGGCCAAGGUGUUAAAAGGCUUUCCUCGAUGUCUGGCCACAAGUAAAGAAAGGAUGACCGUCUGAUGGCAAUCUGAAUUAACAUGCAGAGUCCAGAAUAUGGCACCAUUUGGAAAGGAGAGCUGAGCUUUCCUUCUACUGCACAAUUCACAAACUCUCACAUUUGUCCCACGAAUCAGAAUUCUUCAUGGUACCUGGAUAGUAUUCUGCAUUAUGAGAGGAAUUGGGCUCCUGGUUGUGCAUAUAAAUAUGUUGCGCAUGUUACUUUUUUUGUUAUGUAUUGUAUUUAUAUUUGUAAAUGCUGCUCAUAUUAUGAUGUUACUUUUAUGUUUGAGAGGGGAGAAGAACAAGGGCUGCUCGUCGUGCUCUGCUCCACUUAAGUUAUAUACAAACAUACUCACUUUUCUCGAUUAUGUGCAUCUAUGUUUUGUUUGGUUUAUUUUGAAUUUCUAGUAGCAAGCCUAUUACCAUCCUCUGAAAGUAAUGGGAAUAUUUAUGAAAUGACUCAGUAUAAGCAUCCUCUAUGUUCCCAUGCCGUGUUUGAGGAUUAUUCUGUUUAACAGAACUACUCAAACCUAAAUUAACAGUUGCUUCUCACUUUAAUAUACAUUUGGGUCCUUGCUCACAGCUCAGCUGAGGAUUUGGAAACUUCCCUUGAAUGCGGAGCCCACAGAAUGCCUGCUCGUUUCUCUCUUAAAAAAGCCUGCGAAGAUUGAUUCACUCUUUCACGGGGGCUAAUUUUCCAGAUCCCAGGUUAAUGUUUGGGACCUCAGAUGGCGACUGCCCAGCAUUUCGCUCCCUUCCACUGUCACGCUGGAGAUAAUCUUUUCACAUUCCCUCGCUGAGGGAAUGCUCCCGUUAAAGAAAAAGGCUAUCUAAAGUCUGACCCCUCUCCCUUGUUAAAAUGACACGCAUUCUCCACAUGACUCCUUUCUGAGAGCUGGCUAUUUCUUCUGAGCCGUGGUAGCUGGUUCUACCACGGGCAUUGAAAUGGUCAACUAAAAUUGGCCUGCAUUUGCUACUCUAUUUGUUGUCCCCAUCACUGUGUUAUAUUCAGCUGUGUUUUCUCAAGUAUCUCACAUUUCUGAGUGGACUAUAUCCUUAAUGUGGAAUCUUCUAUUUAUUUCUCCCUGUAUAGUGUAGGAUCACUGAACACUGCUGAAUGUAGACCCCUGUUUUCCAGGAAUGUGUUUUGUAUUUAACUGGAAUGUGCCAGAAUUCAGAUUAGUUUUACUCUUUUGAGGGGAAUACCGCUAAAAUUCAACAUCAGUGGAUUUGAGAAAAGGCUAAUGUAUGGGUCACAAACUCUAGUUAACUGUCAGGUUCCACCAUGACAACAUCAUCAAUAGGCGUAUUGUUUGAAGUCCAACAAAUGACAUGUGAAAUCUCCAAUUUGACUGGUAUUCCCCUUCAAGCUUUUUCAUCAUGUUUCCCGUCACAAUGCGUUUGCUGGUCAAUGCAAUCUGUCCGUUUGAGGAAAUGCCCUUCACUUUGUUUGGAAUGUGUUUACAUGAAUGGCUAUUUGAAGUGAGAAAAGUUAAUAUAUUUUGUAGUUGUUUUCAUUUUAUACUUUGUUUUGUUUUCUGGUGCCAAAGAUGUACUCUACUUUUAAGUUAUAACCGACAACAAAUACAAAAGGUUCUGUUAAGGUGCCUUGCUUCAGCUGGUUGACCCAUUUUGAUGUUGCUGUGAACUUUGGUAAAGGAAACAUUUGUAUGUAUGCCAUAACAUUUCACUUUAAUAGAUUAAAAUUCUAAUAUAUGUCUCAUAAAA